AUGAUUGAGGCAACAGGAAAGGUCGAGUAUAGCAAGUCGAAGACGAUUCCCUGUGAUGGCAGCAAUGAUGAUGAUGAAGAGGAGGCUAGUAAUUACCUGCCUGUAAAAAAUGAAAAAACGCUAGAUCUAGAAAAGGAGAAUGAGACAAGUAACACCCUGGAUGAUAUGGAGAAGAAAUGCCAAGCCGAUGAGGUCAGCAGGUCUGGAAAGGGGGCCAAGUCGAAGGGUGCAAAGGGUGUUAAAAGCGGGAAGAAAGAAAAUAAGGUGAAUGCCGCCAAGAACGUGAAGGGCGACGCAGCGGUAGAACUCACCAAAACAGACACCCUUGAUGACGGUACCAUGGAUACAACUAGUGGAGGAGGUACCCCUUUUGAUCUGAUUACCAACGUGGGUAUGGAAAAAACGUUGCAUGAAAAUGCCCCGGAAAUUUUGAGUAAAGAGGGAAAAGGAGGACUUCCCCAAAGUUCGGACCACGUGGAUGAAAGUAGAGACAACAUGUGUAUGGUUAGGAUGGAUACCCAGCUUGCUUCCAAUGGUAACAUGUACAGCAGGAAUGUCGCCAGUACGAAGUAUUAUGAUUCCAUCGGGGGAAGCGGCACAGGUAGCAACGGGGACAGCAAGGAUAACGCAGAGAGCGUUUAUCCCAAGGAAUUCUCCUCCGUGGAGGGAAAAAAGGGCGAAGAUGAUUGUUCGCCCUACGGAGGUAACCCCGAUGGGAUGAAGAACAGUGUGGAGCAGGCGUCAAAAGGGAUCCUAAGCGAGGGCACCUUUGUAGCCGAUUGCAGCAACAUAUCAAAAGAGGAAAAGGAAAUAUUCGCGAAAAUGAUAGACGACCAGACGAAGAAGAAUAUAAUUAAUGGUGGCCAUAAAAAUGGCGCAAAAGAAAGCGAGCCGUUCUGCAUGGGCAGCGGAAAUUUUUCCAUCCCUGGUAAGGACAACACGGAUUACACUAAUGUGUAUAUGCAUGGAAGGAACGACAACGGCAGUGAAGUCCUGUCGUACAAUCAUGCCAAUGGUGGUGUGUGUGAAAAGGAAGGCAUACAGACUUCCUAUUCGCAUGGUAAGGACAACCAGACGGCAGUCAUGAAUUAUUGCACUGACGGUGCUGGGAAGCAAUGUUUGGUCAACUAUCCCGAUAUGCUGAUGGGAAAGAAAUGGAGUGACGAUGUGGGAGGUGGUCAUCAUCGCCAGGACGAAGACAAGUGCAGCACGGAAGACGUAAUCUACGUAGGGAUGCAAACGGGUGGAAAUAAAGCACAGCAGUACGAGGCGGAUAGUAAAGACUUCCUCUACAUAAAGAAGGAAGAUUUAAAGACGGUUGCAUAUCAUCAGGAUAUUUUCAAUGAUAUAGAAAAUAUGAAUGAUAGCACCACAGAAUGUUCCUCGUCUGUGAGGGACAUCCCCCAAUUGGUUGCUAACCAUUCGGGAGUCUAUUCAAGUAGGGUAAGCGACAAGGAGGGUGUAGUUAUCACCUCGGGGCACUUCACUACAUACAGUAAUGCUAACAGUUUGGAGUUUAAGAAUUCUUCGGCAGGGGAAGGUUCCCAUUUGGAAAUGGAAAUGGAAAAGGAAAAGGAGUUAAUUUGUGACAACUUGGGGUACAUGCCGGUGGUGAGUAAUGGUCCUAACACUGCUGAAGAGGAGGGAGCAAAAAACUCGUUUGCUCAGCAUGUUGGUGGUGAGCCGAACAAGGGCGGGGUGGGUCUUUACUUGGCAGCAGGUCAUACUAAUAAAGGCCAUUUCCCGCCAGGCGCUAGUAACAGUGCGUUGGAGAAGUGCGUGGUGAGUGAGAAGAAGGAGCAGGGAGGACCGAUUAACAUCCAGGGUAGCACUCCUAUUGGUGGUCUAACGAGCGGUACCAAUAUGAACAGUGGGAGUCUAAAUUACAACACCAGCAAGGGGAACGUCCUCCACGGGGAAACCCACUCCCCCAACGAGGCACUAUACAAGAAGAAGAAUUUCUACACUGAGAAGGAGGUGGUAGACAACAUGAAAAAGAAAAACGAAACGACGCUAAUAAAAGGUGAACUGCUUGAUUUUUCAAAAAAUGAAAAUGAUGAAUUUUUGGAGGAUUAUUUUAAGAGUACAAUUCCGGAGAACCUUUUGAGGAACAUAAAAUAUGAGAACCCAAGCAACACGUUUAAUGAAAUGGUUAGCAAUAGUGCUCAUUACGAUUUGGCUAGCCAAUUGAGGAACAACAAUUUAGCGAACACGUUUUAUGGGUCUGGGCGUAGUGGGGACAUGGGGGGGAAGAAAAGUGCAGAGGCGAUGAACAACUCUGGAAUGGUUGUUCCGGGUAUGAAUCUUAGAAGCAGAGGAGGAGCAACAGGGGUAGUAACGGCUACAGGGGGAAGAGAUGCAUUCCAUGUGCAAGCAGAUAAAGGGAUGGAUGCCAGGGAAGAUUCCCAGAUGAUGCGCAGACAGAACAACGGUAGUUACAACUACAUGGGGAAUAAUAACUACCACGGGAGUGGCUACAAUGGGAACGGUUACAACGGGAACGGUUACAAUGGAAAUGGCUACAAUGGGAAUGGCUACAAUGGGAAUGGCUACAAUGGGAGCAGUUACAACGGGAUGGUCAACAGAAGCACGAGAGUGUGCAAUGAAGCGGAAUCGAAUUACGCGUCUGGGAAGAGGUACUACAUGUUGCCGCCCAAAAAAUGUGAUAACGUGAAGGACCAGAAGAACCAAAUGUUAAUGGCCUCGAAGCAGAAAAUUAAGAAAAUCUGGAACAAGUUUAAGAGUGGCGCGUCUAAGGAUCAGAAUCUGAUUCCGACGUUCGAGAAUGAGCAGAAUUUGUUCCCCAAAAUGCAUGCACAAAUGGGGACGCAAAUGGGUGCACAAAUGGGCACUCAGAUAAACGCACAGUUAAACGCACAGUUAAACGCGCAGUUAAACACGCAGAUAAAUGCGCAGAUGCAGGCCCAAUUAGGUGUGGCCAUGCACCCGCAGGUGACGUCUCCACUGCAUACACAACUACCGGGACAGAUGCACAGCGAUUUUUACGGAAUGUCAGGACCCUUCCAGACGUGCAACCAAGGUGGAGUUGGCAUCAUGGGCGUGGGUGCAGGUCCGUUGAUGAGUCCCUUCAAGGAGUGCAUAAGCAAACCCCUACGUCGAGGCAGCAAUGUGGUAGAGAAACCAAUAAAGUCCAAAUGUAUAUACAACUGGAAGUUGGCGCAGAAGUCGCUUCUUAAGAUGUUACAUAGUGCACACAACUACAAUUUUAACGGAGUGCAAUACGCAGAUUGGCAAUUGACCUCCAUCCCGACGUUGGGUUUUUCCAAGUCGAGUAACCGAGUGCAACAAAUGUAUAAGGCAGUGAUUCCCUCGAAGGAUGGUAAUAGUAAGAAUGAGGUGAAGUUGUUCUUGAAAAAGGUCCCGAUAUAUAUAUGGAUCAAGCAGUAUAACCUAAUGAAUGAAUACGAUGGAGAGUACGUAACGGACGGGGAAAAUUUCGUCAUGGAGGCGACUUCUUUAGCUUUCCUGAAUGAGCACCAUCCAGGGAUAACCCCCAAGUUGCAUCGAAUUUUGUAUGAGCCUGAUGGGAAGGAACCCAAUGAGUACAACAUCCCCCCUAAGUCCAUGUUUAACAGUUUAGGCUUAUUCAAUGAUAUUCUAACGGAGCGAUUAAAAUGCAACAUAAGUGGCAACAUUGUUAUUGUGUCUGAAUUCUUCAGUGAGGAUAUUUUAGAUUUUAUCGACCGAAGACAGAAAAAGUUAAAUAUGAAAAUAAGCAACAAUGAGAAGAGCUACAUUUUAUACCAAUGUUUGAAGUUACUGAUCAGGUUGCAUGACGCAGGUUUGUCCCACUUAGAUUUGACCCCAGAGAAUAUUCUCAUUUCCGAUAGUUAUGAGAUGCGUUUAUGUGACUUGUCUAAGAGUACGCCAAUAUAUACGCACAAUUUGAGACACAUAAAGGAUGUGAAUCGGUUGUAUUUGUUUGAAUCGUGUGAGCCUACCAUUGCGAAAGGAGCUUACAUGCCUCCAGAAUGUUGGAAGAUUUAUUGGAAAUAUGACACGAUGAAGAUUAAGAACCCGUUACGUGAUUUAAAGAACAUCACUGAUCAGGAGAAACGGAAACAAUUCUACUUUGACGUAUCCAGUGCAGAUAAGUUUAUGUUGGGUGUCUUCUUCUUUUGGAUAUGGACCAAUGGGAAUUUGUGGAAAUGUUCCGACCCGUUACAGGACGAGGACUUCUUCUACUUUGUCAAGUGUGACAUGAACUUUGACAAAUUCGAGUUGACGCGCAAGUGGCCGAGCGAGUUGAAGAGCAUCAUCAAGCAACUGCUACACGUGGAGCACAGGAAGAAGUUGAACCUGAAGGACCUGAGCAUGCACCCAUGGUGGUCCUACAAGUUGCAAUAA